GGACCGUGCUAUCCGCUAUCCAGCUCCGCUGAGCUGCUGAGGCGGGGAAAAGCAGCGGGAAAAUGCCUUCGCCGUCCCUCCACUACCCCAGAGCCCAGAGUACCGAUUCCCCUGACGGCGGCGGAUUUCCUCGUAGUGCUAGUACAGUACAUUGCAGUGCAGCGGCUGCGACCUCGUCUCUUCCGGGUCUGGUAUGGGUCAAGAUUGUGAUGGUUCCCCCAACUACAUCGGCGAUGAAGACAAUGGUGUGGAAGAUGUGCUAGACUGUGCCAACAAUGACGUAGGUGACGGAGAAGAGAGCACUGGCAGCAUCCCCAGCCCACUAUUCUCUGUGACAAGGCCGAGUAAAAGGCUUCGGUCGAAGGUGUGGGAAGACUUCAUACCCACCUUCGUUGAUGGAAAGGUUGUGCAGGCUGAAUUGCAUGCACUGCCACCGGGUCUUCAACUACAACAGCACCAAUGGCACUACUGGACUGCGCAAUCACCAGGCCAAGUGCAGCCCUAGGACUCAGAAGAGGGUAAAGCCCUUGCCAUCUACAAACAAGAGCACACCAGCCAACAGCUCUGACCCAAAACAGAAGAAGCUGCCAUUCCUGUUAUCCCGCCAAAACAAAUGCACAGGCACAGCAGAUGCAGUCCCUGUGCAGGAACUUGCCUUCCCUGAUGCACACACCAACAAGAAUAACAAAAAUCAGGAAGUUGAUCAGAAUGGCUCUCAUGAAGUACUUGCAGCACCUGAGGUUUCCACUGAUCAGCAUAAGAACCAGCCUCAUGGGGAAAUCGCAUUGCCUGAGCAGGACUUUCCUAAUGACUUGAGUCAGAAGAACCAGAAGGUCUAUCAGAACUGUUCUCCUGAAGAACUUGUCAGGAUAUUGGCCAUACAUGGGCACCUACCAAGGAUGAUGGAGCAAGAUGGAUUCAGAAAAGUAGCUGCUUGCUUGAAUCCUAUGGUCAAUAUGCCAUCUCACCAUGACUUCAUAGGGAACAUCUGUGACUUGUUUCAGCAAGAAAAGUCCAAGCUAAAGGAGAAGUUAGCCGCUUUACGUGGUCGGGUUUGCUUGAGUGCUUAUAUGUGGCAUUACGAUCCACACUUGGCCUUCUUGUGCUUGACUAUUCACUACAUCGAUGAUGAAUGGGAGAAGCAGCAAAAGAUCAUCACAUUUUCUCCCAUGGACCCCUCUUGUGAUGCAAAACAAUACAGUGAUAUCAUAGUGGGAGCUAUUAGAGAAUGGGAUCUUCAUGACAAGGUUUUCAGCAUUAUAGUGGAUGAUGUUUUCAUUGAUGAUUCAGUGGCUUCAAAUAUCAAAACCAGUCUACAGAAAUGGAACAAAGUCAAUGCAAACCGGAACUUGUUUGUAGUAUGUUCUGCAACUCAUUUACUUGAUCAGGUUAUCCAUGUGGGACUGGAUGAACUUAACAAAAUCAUAGAGAAAUCAGCAAAGUGCGCCAAGUAUGCAAAGGGUUCCAACUGUUCAGCAGUGCAGUAUCCCAACAUCAGAUAUGCAGCAUCACCGGAGGACUGGAGUACAGCAAGUGAGAUUUCUGAGAUUUUGGAACAUUUCCAUGAAUAUAUUAACUGGAUGCCAAUCUUUCCUAGUCCAUCUGAUCUCUUUGACACUUUGAAAAAUGUGUAUAGUAAGGUUCAUUGCAGCAGUCGAUAUAGGACUGAUAAAGCUUCAAAAUGGUGGAAAAGAGUAAACAGAAGUUCAAGGAAUGCUGGAAAUUCUGUUUCUUACAUUUUUGUAUGCCUAUGGUAAUGGAUCCUAAAUACAGUCUGAAAUGCAUCAAGCUUUUUGUUAAAGAGAAUGAAAAACAUGACUAUAUGCAUGAAGUGCGUGAUACAUUUAUCAACCUCUUCAAUAAAUACAUAGAUCAGGUGGAUGAUCCUAACUGCACUACUGGGUCAAAAACUAGCAAGGGAAUCGUUGAGGAUGCAGAUACGCUGUCUAAGUAUUAUCAUGACUCUAAGCCGUAUUACUAUUAUCAUGACUCUGAGCAUCUAUGUUGUGACCGACCGAUGACUGAGCUUGGCCAGUACCUGCAAGAGACUCGUCCAGGUCUUCCUCCUUCAUGCAAGCCUGAUCUACCCUACAAUUUCUCAGAUGGCACGCAAUAUGCUGACACUACCGUGCAGUACUGACAGCAGAGUAGCGACAAGAACUGCAGGACUCGCAAUGUGUGAGUUGGCUGGUGAGAACCAUAUUGAAAUGUUUGUACUCAAGAUUGGCUCACGCCAGCUGGCACCAGGAACGUGGAGUCACCCGAUGAUGAGUACUUUGACUAGAAAAAAAGGAUUCAAAGAUGAGAAAUCCUGUGACACUUUUGUGGGUAACUUGAAGCAAAUCUUUUUACUAGGUUUAGUUACUGAUGGACAGAUGGAGCUGUAUUGUGGUUUAUGUAUGCAUCGGUAGGCGGUACCGUGAACCUUGUCACUAGUUCCUGCUUCUAGAUUAAUAUAUACUUCCUCUGGGAAAAAAAGAAACACCCCUCCAGAUACUAUGGGUUCCCUCUGAACAUGUUUGUUGACACCGUUUUUGGGCACGUGUCUAGGAUGGCAGGAUAGGGUGGCAGUACGAUGCGGGUUGCCGAUGAGGAUGGUUGCCGAUGAGGGAGAGGUUGAAUGUGACUAAGUCCACAGGCAGUAAUAUGGUGCCGAUGGCCGGAUAAAAAGGUCUGCCGAUGACUAUGGCAAGGGGAUUGCCGAUGAUGCUAAGGAGGAGUCCAGAAGCUGCCAGUUGCCAGUUGUCAUAUGGAGGAGUUUCGGUUUGUCACGAAGGAUAGUUUUAUUAUUUCCUUAAUUAUUUGCAUCGUUUUUGUAUACGGAUUCCGUGUGAUUUGGAAUUCGAAUUCUAA